GAAUGGGAAGCUUCAAGGUAUUAAGAAUGUUUGGGAUUUUGAUGUUGCUAUUUUCACCCCCAUUAGUGUUUGCAUACAUAGAAUGCACCACAGUUGCUCAACUUUUUUCUUCAUGCUCUAUUUUCAUCCGUUAUGGAACUCCAGAUCCAAUUCCAGGGUCUCCUUGUUGUGAUGCCAUGUCAGGAUUGAGUAUAAUUUCUAAUUCAGGUAAUAAUAAGCAACCUGUUUGUAGAUGUGUUUUGGGCCUAAUUGAAAAUUAUGGGCCAAAUUCUACAGCUAUAGGUGUCUUGCCAGGUUUAUGUGGUAUCUCUUUGGGCUUCACAAUUCUUCCCAAUUCAGAUUGUAUAAUGCCCUUUUAGUUAAUCAAUUUCUUAUGGGUUUAGCCUUAAAUUUAAUUAAGUAUUGUUGUCAUUAAUUAAUCCUGUUUUUAUAGUCAUGUAAUUUGUUUUCACUAUUGUGUUUGUGCUGGAUCAAGAAAUAAUUGUUGAAGAAUUUAGAAUAUCUGGGAAUUUUUAUAGAUUAUCCAUCUUAAAAUAAUUUAUCAUGUUUCAUUUGAA